AUGCUAAGCGGACAUCUUGGGCAAGAUUGGCCCCUCGGUCGAUUACCAAACGCCGAGGACGCACAGUUUAACUCGUACGCUACACAAGACGAACCCACAUGCCUACCUAAUACGCGCGUCGACCUUCUGAACGAGAUCUACAACUGGGCUAAUGGGCAAGACGAGCGCUGCCUCUUCUGGCUCAGCGGCUUAGCCGGUACGGGGAAGUCAACGAUUGCACGCACUAUCGCUCGCAAAUAUGCCAACCAGGGUUGUCUUGGUGCCAGCUACUUCUUCUCAAGAGGCGGAGGAGACGCAAGCCGUGCAACCAAGUUCGUCACUAGCAUCGCCGUCCAGCUCGCGCAAAACGUGCCGGCCCUUGAUCAACACAUCUGCGAUGCUGUCACAAAGUGUCCGGAUAUUGCGAAUCAGUCUCUGCGCGACCAGUGGCACCAGCUCGUCCUCGGCCCCCUUGCAAAGCUAGACGGUAGCGGCCGCAGAUCCUCGUAUAUCCUAGCAGUUGAUGCGCUUGACGAGUGUGACGACGACAACAACAUCCGGAUCAUUGUGCAGCUCCUGGCGGAGGCUCGCUCAUUGGAAACGGUCCGGCUGUGCGUUUUUCUGACGAGCAGACCCGAAAUCCCGAUUCGAUAUGAAUUCGGCCAGAUCCUGGACACAAAGUACCAAGACUUUGUGUUGCACAAUAUAUCGGCGUCAAUCGUCGACGACGAUAUCACUGUUUUCCUGGAAUAUAAUCUCAGGCUUAUUAGACAGCAGCAAAGUCUAGAUGAUAGCUGGCCGGGCGCGGAGAUCAUCAGAACUUUAGUCCAGAGUGCAAGUGGUCUGUUCAUCUGGGCCGCAACCGCUUGCCGGUUCAUCGACAAAGGGCUAUUCGCCGACGAAAGGCUACAAACACUUCUUGAGGGCAGUACCUCUGUUAUUGCUAAUACUCCAGAACAACACCUUAAUAAGCUUUAUAUCGAUAUUUUGAAGAAUUCCGAGAAGCCAGGCUUUAUGGAACAAGAAACAGAAAAGUAUCGUAGUUUACUAAGGUACAUUCUUGGAAGCAUUUUAACUCUUUUCUCCCCCCUCUCAGUCAAGUCUUUGAGCACGCUGCUCUUUAUGGGGACAAAGGUAGAUCAGGUGCUGAGGGAUCUUCACGCCAUCUUGGAUGUCCCUAAGGACCAAACCCAGCCACUUCGUCUGCACCAUCCUUCGUUUCGCGACUUCCUCCUGGACAGAGAGAGAUGUGGCGAUCCAAACAUUUGGGUAGACGAGAGGCUCGCGCAUCAGACCUUAGCUGAUAACUGCAUUCGGCUCAUGUCAAGCUCUCUUAAACAAGACAUCUGUAGCGUUAGCGCUCCUGGAGUGCGUGUGACUGAUGUAGAAAGUGCCCAGGUGAAGCAGUGUCUGCCUCCAGAGGUUCAGUACGCAUGCCUCUAUUGGAUACAACAUUUCCAGAAGAGCGGUAAUCCGUUUUCUGACGACCACCAAGUCUACCAGUUUCUAAGGGUCCAUUUCCUGCACUGGUUAGAGGCGCUAAGUUGGAUGGGGAUGGUCUCUGAAGGGAUACACGCAAUUGCCUCUUUAGAGUCUAUUACUCUAGCUAGCGACUGUCCUAAUUUAUACGCGUUUACCCAUGAUAUGAAGCGUUUCAUGCUCUACAACCGGCCGGUGAUUGAGCGUGUCCCGCUUCAAGUAUAUUGUAGUGCGCUUGUGUUCGCACCGAUGAUGAGUCUAAUAAAAAGGCAGUUUGAAGCUAAGAUGCUUGGGUGGAUGGAAAAAGUGCCAAAGGUUGAAAAGCAUUGGAAUGCCUUACUGCAGACGCUCGAGGGCCAUUCGAGUCGGGUCGGGGUGGUGGCCUUUUCGCCAGACGGCAAAGUGCUAGCGUCGGCCGACGACGACGGGACAGUCAAGCUAUGGGACGCCCGCACGGGAGCGGGCCAUUCAAGUUGGGUCGAGGCAGUGGCCUUCUCGCCAGACGGCAAAGUGCUGGUGUCGGCCUCCUGGGACGGGACGGUCAAGUUGUGGGACCCCCGCGCGGGAGCGGUUCUGCAGACGCUCGAGGGCCAUUCGAGUUGGGUCGGAGCGGUGGCCUUCUCACCAGACGGCAAAGUGCUGGCGUCGGCCUCGCAAGACGAGACGGUCAAGCUGUGGGACGCCCGCACGGGAGCGGUGCUACAGACGCUCAAGGGCCAUUCGGAUUCGGUCGGGGCGGUAGCCUUCUCGCCAGACGGCAAAGUGCUAGCGUCGGCCUCGCAGGACAAGACGGUCAAGCUGUGGGAUGCCCGCACCGGAGCGGUGCUGCAGACGAUCGAGGAUGUCGCUGUUCGAACCCUUACAUUCUCUGAGGAUGGGACGUUCAUCCAAACUGACAGGGGAGUAUUACAUACUAUAUCUCUUUCCCCUAGCAACGUUUCUUCUCAAUUAACUCCUAGACAUGAUGUAUUUGUAAAGGGCCAGUGGGUCUGCUGUGGCAUAAGAGAUAUUCUUUGGCUUCCCCCAGAGUAUCGGCCGCUUUGCUCUGCCGUGUAUGGGAGUAUUGUUGCUUUUGGGUAUUCCUCUGGUCGCGUGUUAAUCUUAGAAUUUGCUCCAUUUUCCUAG